AUGAGUAGAUUCAUUCCAAAUGCUCCCCCAGAUGACAGGCCACAACAAAUUCAGGAUGAACUUGAGUAUGGAAAAUUAACCAACAAGAAAUACUUGUACGUUUCCAAGCAUGCUGCCGGCGAACCAUUGCCUGAACCGAUAGAAGAUGAACCUCCUUACUAUAUUUACAUUGCUACCUACGUCAAUUACCUUAUUUUAAUUAUUAUUGGUCACAUAAGGGAUGCUUUCGGUAAAGUGUUCAAACCGCAAGAUUACCAAGACUUGAUUGAACAGAACGGAUAUGCUCCGUGGUAUGAUGGAUUUGAAAAUUUUUACGUCCGUCGUUUGAAACUAAGAAUCGAUGAUUGUUUUGCUAGACCUAUCCAUGGCGCUCCUGGUCGUUACAUCAAAUUAUUUGAAAGAAGAGCAUUGGGGAAAGGUGAGUACGAAUUCACUGGACAGUCUAUGGAAUGCUUAAAUUUAUCGUCUUACAACUACUUGGGAUUUGCACAAUCCCUGGGUGUAUGUACAGACCUGGCUCUAGAUGUCAUUGACAAAUACGGUACUUCAGCGUGCUCUCCAAGACUGUACGUGGGUACCACUGAUUUGCACUUGGAAACAGAACAAGUCAUUGCAGAUUUUGUAGGCAAGGAAGCUGCUAUCAUUGUAAGUCAAGGUUAUGGUACUAAUGCUAGUUUGUUCUCGUCUUUAGCUGACUCCAAGUGUCUUGUUAUUAGUGAUGAAUUGAACCACGCAUCUAUCAGAUUUGGUGUCAGAUUAUCAGGAGCAGUAGUUAAAGUUUUCAAGCAUAAUGAUAUGGACGCAUUGGAGUUUUUGUUGAGACAGCAGAUCUCUCAAGGACAACCAAAGACCCAUAGACCAUGGAAGAAAAUCAUAAUUGCAGUUGAAGGUUUAUAUUCUAUGGAAGGAAACAUGUGUAACUUACCUAAAUUGAUCGAAUUAAAGGAAAAAUACAAGUGCUAUUUGUUUGUUGAUGAAGCACAUUCCAUUGGCGCUUUGGGGCCAAACGGUAGGGGUAUUUGUGACUACUUCCAAGUUUCACCUUCAAAGAUUGAUUUGUUAAUGGGUACAUUCACCAAAUCAUUUGGUGCCACUGGAGGCUACAUUGCUGGUUCUAAACCUAUAAUAGAAAAAUUGAGAUUGACGUACAUUACAAACAAUUACAGUGAAAGUGUUCCUCCCCCAGUGUUGGCUCAGAUAAUAUCAUCGUUAAGAAUUAUCGAGGGUAAAUUGAAUCCUGGUGAAGGAAAGGAAAGAUUGGAAAGAAUUGCAUUUAAUUCGAGAUAUUUAAGAUUAGGUUUAAAGAGAUUAGGUUUCAUUGUUUACGGUGCUGAUGACUCACCUGUUAUACCAGUGUUGUUGUUUUUCCCAGCAAAAAUGCCUGUUGUAUCAAGAGUGUUGUACUCCAUGAAAAUUGCUGUUGUCAUUGUCGGCUACCCUGCCACCCCAUUGACCACUUCUAGAGUAAGACUUUGUGUUAGUUCAGCAUUAACUAAAGAGGAUUUAGACUACGUUUUAGAGAAAUUCUCCUAUGUCGGGGACUUAGCUUUCUUGAAGUAUAGUAGUGGAAUCGCCGGAGGAAGCAAGGUUCCUGGUCAACCACCAAGAUGGAGUAUUAAGGAUGUAUUGGAAGUUAAUGUAGAGGACUGUAAAAAACCCCAGCUUCCAUAA